AUGCCCGAUGAAGUCGAGCUCGAGACCCAGCUGAAGCCGCUGCCUGCGCGCGCCGACGAAGUGCAGCAGGCGUUCGCAGGGGGACUGACCGGCCUUCUACCGCGCCUCUGGCCGGAGCUGCGGUUCGUCAUGGGCGCGUUCGCCGGGCUGACGAACGCAGCUUAUCACCGUGAGAUGGCGCUGUACGCUGGCAACGUGCCGGUGAUCGCGCAGGUGUACGGCUGCACAGAGGUCGGCCUCGUGGCCGCCAUCACAGACUUCCGGCGCCCCGAGCGACCCGUCUACACCCUUAUGCCUAAAGCGGCCUUCUUCGAGUUCCUGCCGGUGGUGGACGACCGGAUCCAGGAACUGGCGGAGAUCGGUCGGCAGGAGCCGCUGCUGGCCGACCAGCUGCAGGAAGGCGGCGAGUACGAGCUCAUCGUCACCACCAGGGGUGGUUUGUGUCGCUACAGACUCGGAGACGUUGUCCGCUUCGCCGGGUACUUCAACCGCACACCACAGGUGGAAAUAUUAUACCGGUGA